GUAGUAGCGACGAAUUUGGCAGAAAAUUCGAGAAAUACUUUUUCGUCUCUACUGUUGUACUUGGCAUGCUUCUCAUUAUAGCAGUUAGCAUCAUUAUUGUUUUUUCUAUCAGACAGCGAGAAUACAAGAUUGCUUCAACUUCCGAGAACACUGAAAAAACAAAUGUGCAUAACGCAAGUUUUCCAGGAGCUCAGAUUAAAAAUGAUCGAAACAUUUAUGAGAGCAAUAUCGUUAAUAAACGAAUACAACCAGCUAUACAAGCCGCGACCUCUGGAUACGAAAUACCUAUUUCAGACGAUCAUUUUGACGCGGCUAUACAUCCCGAUCCAAUACGUCAAAUGGGAUACUUGAUGAGCAAUUCAUUGCAACAACCUGAUGGAUCAUCUGAAUACGAACCGACAAAUUUACACCAUUAUUAUGACAUUGAAUAUUAAAUUAACUGUAUAACGAUUUAUUUGUUUUGCAUCAUUGUAUCUUUCCAAAGUCAGUGAUCACUUGGCGCAGUCGCGAGCAUAGUUUACUUUUGAUUCUCUUUUUGGGUGUCGCUGUUCGAUAACUAGUUUUGGUUCCCGUGGCUUUCCUCCUUAAGUGAUGUAAAUAAUAUUUUAUUUUAUUUUUCAAUUUUUAUUAUGAUUUUUGUCUUUUACUGGUUGGAAAAAAAUAAACUUGACUUGACCUCUAGUAUGGACGAUUCGAAAAGAAAAUGCAUUACAAAUCACACAUCAGAGACAUCUUAUAUACAUUCCCAUGUUAAACACAUACUCAACUGUAGGACAUUUUACUUUUUUCAUUCAAUAUCCUUUCCUUUUCCACUUUUUAGUUUAAUUUUGAUGUGGAGGCAUAUACAGAUUUUUAUUGAUAAAAUUUACGUUUACUUGUAAAUUCUAGUAAGCUUUGUGAAUAAAUCACAUCGUAAUAUACCUUGUGAAAUGCCAAUUAUAAAAGUGAAAGAUAAUUUGUAA